AUGGCAAAUGGUCAAAUCAUCAAUACUGCACAUAGGUACAACAGAGUUAGCAUCACGUUCCUGGUAGCCAGAAAGCCUUUGUUUGCCAUUUUAAACAUCGUCAUCCCCAUCGUCACCAUCUCCGUCCUCAGCAUGAUGGUGUUCCUCGUCCCCGUGGAGUCUGGGGAGAAGUUGUCCUUCUCUCUGUCAGCGUUGUUGUCACUGGCAGUCUUCAUGAGCUUCAUCAGUGAACAGAUUCCUGCAUCGUCGGAGAAACCACCACUGCUGGUCAUCUACCUGACGUCGAUGGUUCUGCUGAAUGCUCUGUCAGUCGCCAGUACAGUUCUCGUCUUGCUGUGCCAUCACCGAGGAUCUGUUGACAAGGAAACCAGAGCAUACAAAAGUUCAUUCAACCCGAAUACUGCUGAUGUUGGGAACGAGAAACCUUCAUUAAGAAAACUCAUUCCGUUGUGGCAGGCGGCCUCUCAUGAUCUCAACAGGGAAAUGGAGGUUUUCUCUGAUCUUCUUGCCAACCUGGAAGACAGUGACCCUAAGGACCCUGUAUCUGGCAGUCUUGCCAAGGCACCCAUAUGCAUGCCUCAUUCUGAGGUACAUGGUACGGAAGUGUCAUGGCAGAGUUCUAGCACAAAGCCAAAUACGGAGGAGAUAGACCCCUCGGGUUCCCCAAGGUGGUAA